AUGAAGAACUUAGAGAACUUUUUCAACAAACCUUCUCCAACUCCGAAUACUACCCGUACUCGCACCAGUCCUUCAUCAGAUAAAGGGAAGAAGCAGUCGAAAAACUCUUUACUGAAGAAGCGUAGAUCAGGAAUCCAUUUUAUGAAAGCGUUGUCCAAAUCAGCAGAAAAAGUGGAAAAAAUUAUGGAAAGAUCAGACAAAGGGCGAAAACCAGAAACGAAAUCUUCUUUCCCACGGCUAUUUAAAUCACGAAAAUCGAAAGAGCACACGACUUCAAAGGAGUGUGAGAUUUCAGUGGGCUACAAGAAAUGA